AUACAAACGGGCGCAAUGAAGCUUGUGGGCAAGUACAUCGACAUCUUCGUCACAGAGGCCUUCUUGAGGAGCAAGGACGAAAGAAAGACGGCCGCCAAGAAUGGCGGUCUUGCCGAUGGCUUCUUACAAGUCGAGGACUUGGAGAAAUUGGCGCCACAGCUUGUGCUCGACUUUUGAGCAGCCGCUUGGUUUGCUAUAAAGACCUACGCGAUUUGAUGCCGGACUAAAUGCACAAAACAUACUUGAG